AUGGAGAGAUUCAGCUGCAUGCUGCCGAGCGGCGACGAGCCGGAGCCCACCACCGCGCAGCUCACGGUGGCGCUCGCCAUGGUCGAGGAGCGGCUCGCGCUGCUCGAGUCGGGGCAGGCGCCGGACGGGCUCGUGAAGCGGAGCGCGUCGCGGCGCGCGACGGGCGACGGGACGGCGGUGGCCGUCUUCGCCGACGACGACGUUGAUGCUGAUGUUGAUGUCGAUGCUGUCGCCGCCCCGCCCGCGGAGGAGAAGCGGAAGUGGUCCGAGUGCCUGAGCCCUCGCGCGGCCGCGCGCAAGGUCGUCGCCAUGAUGGGCGAGGACAACCCGCACGUGCGGAGCCGGCGGUCGAGCGUCGAGGCGGGCGAGGAGGCGGAGCUGACGGAGUCCAUCGUCGGGGGCCUCGCCGACAAGAUCUCGCGGUCGCACUACAACUUCUCCACGCACCGCGUGCUCGAGUCGGCGAGCGUGAAAGAGGUGUCGACGCGCUUCGCGGCGUGCGUGUCCAUGCUCGGCCUCCAGCUCUACGUGCUCCUCGUGGUCUCGGACACGACGUGGCUCUCCUGGUUCAACCGGCGCGUCAACGACUCGAACUACGAGGACGCGGGCUACGAUGAAAACCCGAUGAAGGAGCGCGACAAGCCGAACGACUGGGCCGCGCUCACGCAGCGCUGGGGCGCGGGGCGGCGCGAGUGGAACUCGGAGAUCCUGGGCAUCCCCGUGAUCACGCUCCUGCCGCUCAUCUUCGCCGUGCUCAUGGUCAACGUGAGCAUGCGGGACACGAUCCAGGAGAUCGUCGUCGGCCGCAUGCUCGUCCACGAGGCGGCCAGCGGCCCGCGGAGCGCCGUCGCCUAUUUCAUCCACUUCCUGCGCGUCAUGUGCGUCAUGCAGUUCAUCGACAGCACGUCCAUGGUCCUCGGGCUGUCGAACGGGCCCUUCAACCUCGUCGCGGACUCGCUCGCGCUCAUCUUCAUCCUCGACUGGGACAAGCUGCUCCGCUUCGGCUCGAAGAAGAGCCUCUUCGGCGAGGCCAAGGCCGCGACGAACCGGGCGCACGCGCGGACCAUCGAGGUCGUCGCGGCGCGCCUCGCGGUGCCCGUGCUGGGCCAGGGCACGCGCGAGCGCCAGCGCGGCGGCCGCGCCGAGGAGGCGCUGCUCGUCGCGCUCGCGGCCUUCUCCUUCGUGGCCACGCAGCGCAUGCAGCGGCUCACGAGCCACGGGCGCAUGACGCACCCGGACGACACGGCGCGCCAGGGCGUCCGCGUGGCCUUCCGCGUCGGCUCCUACGCGUCCCUCGCGUGCGUGCUGCUCUUCGUCAACUUCACGUGCCGCGCGGUGACGACGCGCGCGAAGCGCAAGUCCGUGCUGGCCGUGCUGACCCUCACGGUCGUCGAGUUCGUCGUCUUCAUCUUCGUCUCCUACAUCAUCCUCUACAACCUCCUCAGCGAGGCCCUCACCUACGGCGACUUCGACAAGGCCUACUUUCAGCCCCACGCGGUCCUCGGCCACGUCCUCGCGAUCUACGACGACGACGACAUGGUCUACGACGACGACAUCUUCAAGCCCGGCGACGACGACACGCCGGACUUCGAGGGCGAAUCCAUCGUCCAGGACCCGCUGGGCCGCAGCGCGCUCAUCGACCUCGAGGAGCGCGGCAUCCUGAGCCGCGCCGAGGCGCGCAGCGUCCUGGCGCGCCGCGAGCGCUUCGAGGUCGAGCUCGGCGGGUCGAAGCCGACGCGGGCGAGCUUCCUGCGCUACGUCGUCUACGAGCUCAAGCUCGACCGCAUCCGCGCGUCGCGCACGCGCCGGCUCGCCAGCGGCAAGCGCGGCCCCGGCGACUUCUUCGGCGUCCGCCACGUCUACGCGCUCUACGAGCGCGCGCUCGCGCGCUUCCCCGAGGACCUGGACCUCUGGCUCGAGUACGUCGCCUACGCGAAGCGGAACAAGGCGCCGAAGAUGGUCGGGCGCCUCCUCGCGCGCGCGCUCCAGCGCCACGGCACGCGGCCCGAGCUCUGGGUCCACGCGGCGAAGUGGGAAUUGGUCGACCAGGGCAAUGCGCGCGGCGCGCGGCGCAUGCUCCAGCGGGGCCUGCGGCUCCACGCGACCUGCGUCGAGCUCUGGGCGUCCUACUUCUCCUUCGAGGUCAAGUACGUCGCGACGCUCGCCGCGCGGCGCGACGCGCUCGGCGUCGCCGACGGCGCGCACGAGGGCGACGGCGACGGCUUCUUCGCGGGCGACGCGCCCGUGGCCGUCGCCGAGGCGGCGCUCGCGGCCGCGCCGGCGGCGCGCGCGACGCUCCUCGCGGCGUUCCGCCGGGCCUGCGGCGACCACGGCGCCUGCGGCGCCGCGGUCGCCGCGCGGCUCCCGGCCGACGGCGACGACGACUCGGGCGACGACUCGGGCUCGGGCGAGGACGAGGACGAGUCCGAGUCCGAGUCCUCCUCCGACGGGGACGACCGGCGGACGCGGCGCGAGCUCCGGCGGACGCUCGUGCUCGCGGCCGCGCCGGCGCACGCCGCGCGCGCGGCCGCGGGCCGCGGCGACGCGCGGUCCGCGCGCGACGCGGCGCGCGCGUUCGGCCGCUGCCACGACGGCGCGAGUCUCCGCGCCGCCGCGGCCUUCCGCUUCGCGUCCGGCGGCGCGCUCGACGCGAAGCACGCGGCCGCGCUCGACGGCGCCCGGGCCCACGCGCGGCGGCUCUAA